CUCUCACUCUCUCGCCCCCUCCCAGCGUACAACAUCGCCUCCCAGAACCCAAGCGAGGCAGUCGGCGACACGAGAGGCGAGAUCUGCAGCGCACCAUGGCCACGAUCGUAACCUCGACCAGGUUCACAGACGAGUAUCAGCUGUACGAGGAGCUGGGGAAGGGUGCCUUCUCCGUGGUCCGCCGAUGUGUGAAGAAGUCAACCAGCCAGGAAUAUGCUGCUAAAAUUAUCAACACAAAAAAGUUAUCUGCAAGAGAUCACCAGAAGCUGGAGCGAGAAGCUCGGAUCUGUCGCCUGCUCAAACACCCCAACAUAGUGCGCCUCCAUGACAGCAUCUCAGAGGAAGGAUUCCAUUACCUCGUCUUUGACCUUGUCACUGGUGGAGAGCUGUUUGAAGAUAUCGUUGCUAGAGAGUAUUACAGUGAAGCUGACGCCAGUCACUGCAUUAACCAGAUCCUGGAGAGUGUGAGCCACAUCCACCAGCAUGACAUUGUGCACAGGGACCUCAAGCCGGAGAACUUGCUGUUGGCCAGUAAGAUGAAGGGGGCCGCAGUGAAGCUGGCAGACUUUGGCUUGGCCAUCGAGGUUCAGGGAGACCAGCAGGCCUGGUUUGGGUUUGCAGGCACUCCUGGCUACCUCUCCCCGGAAGUUCUUAGGAAGGACCCCUAUGGGAAGCCGGUGGACAUUUGGGCCUGUGGCGUCAUCCUCUACAUCCUCCUGGUUGGUUACCCUCCCUUCUGGGACGAGGACCAGCACAAGCUGUAUCAGCAGAUCAAGGCCGGAGCCUAUGACUUCCCUUCUCCAGAGUGGGACACUGUUACCCCAGAGGCCAAGAACCUCAUUAACCAGAUGUUGACCAUCAACCCUGCGAAGAGGAUCACGGCGGACCAAGCUCUCAAGCACCCAUGGGUCUGCCAACGCUCCACCGUGGCUUCAAUGAUGCAUCGCCAAGAGACUGUCGAGUGUCUGCGGAAAUUCAAUGCCAGGAGAAAACUGAAGGGGGCCAUUCUAACCACCAUGUUGGUGUCUAGAAACUUUUCUGUGGGCCGGCAGCACACCAGCCCGGCUGCUCCCACCACCAGCACGGCUGCGCUGGCCCAGGAAGCAUGCAAAAGUUUACUGAACAAAAAGUCUGAUGGAGUGAAGAAAAGGAAGUCGAGCUCCAGUGUUUAUUUGAUGCCACAGACUAACAACAAUGUAAACAGUGUAGUAAGCAGCAGCAGCACCAAAGACAGCAGCACAUCAUCCACAGCUCCAAUGGAACCCCAGACCACCGUCGUGCACAACCCAGCCGACGGCGUCAAGGGGUCUGUGGAGAGCUGUAACACUACAGAAGAGGAGGACCUUAAAGCACGCAAGCAGGAGAUCAUUAAGAUCACGGAGCAGCUGAUCGAGGCCAUCAACAAUGGAGAUUUUGAGGCCUACACGAGAAUCUGUGACCCUGGUCUGACCUCCUUUGAGCCCGAGGCGCUGGGAAACCUGGUGGAGGGCAUGGACUUCCACAAAUUCUACUUUGAGAACCUCCUGAGUAAAAACAGCAAACCCGUGCACACCACCAUCCUGAACCCCCACGUGCACCUGAUCGGCGAGGACGCUGCCUGCAUCGCCUACAUCCGCCUGACGCAGUACAUCGACAGCCAGGGACACCCACGCAGCUGCCAGUCCGAGGAGACGCGCGUGUGGCAUCGCCGCGACGCCAAGUGGCUCAACGUGCACUUCCACUGCUCCGGGGCGCCCGCUGCUCCUCUCCAGUGAACCCAGCCAGGCACAGAUCGCCUGGAUGAGUGGAGUAUUUCUUCUCGGUGGUUGGAUUGGCGCCAGGAGCCCGGCCGCAAGAGAAAACACGAGGGGGACAAAAAAUAAAUAAAUCACACGACAAAGUUAAAAAAAAAAAAAAAAGAAGGAAUUAAAUAUGAAAAAUUUAAAGCCAGCUGUGGCCACCACCACUAGUUCAGUCCAACCGUAGCUAGACGAGGGGGCCGGUUACGGUGGCCCUGCCCUCUGGAUGCUGCAUGCUUUCUGAUGCCCACAGGGGGGCGCUGUCUUGUCCUAUGAUCCCAUCUCUUCUGCCCGUCAUUCAGAGAGAGUGUUUAAAGUAUUACUAUGUUGUAAAAUAUUGAGAUUGUCAAUCCUUACACUAUUAACAGAGCCGAAAACUGAUGGCAGUUUAAAUCAGAAAUGUGAGUCGUACACGGAGAAGCCGCUGCUUCUGUGGCUGGUGAGUUAUUUUGCUUUUCAUCUCUCUUUCCUUACAGUGAUGCGUGAUGCAAAAGGAGAUGUGAAGCUGAACUUGUUACUUAGAAGUAAAACCACCAAAGUGUAGAAUUUAGACAUUGAGUUGUUUUAACAAUAUUUCUAUUUUGUUUGAGGAGAGAGAGAAUUGGGGAAGGUUUUAUCAUUUUGUUGUGCUUGUUGUGGAACUCUUUAUUUUUAUCUCCUGAAUGACGCUGUUCAAAAGUAUUUUGUGUUUUCAAAAAAAGUGGAUUUUUAAAAGUAGGGCACGAUUUACUAUAGCUAUGUAUACAUAGGUAUUUAUAAAGAGAAGGGGAACAAAGAUUUAGUGUUAGUGUAUAGGGCAAGGAGAUAUUGAGAGCAAUGUUUUGUGUGUGAGUGUGAGUGUGUGUGACUGAGUGGGUGAGUGUGUAUGUGUUUGUAUGUGGGGAGUGCAUUAUUUAGUCUCCCUUGGCUCAUUGCUCUGCCGUGCUUUAAGAAGCCGUUUUACACAUACACGCAUGCACGCGCACGCGCACACAUACACAUACACACACACACACACACACACCAGCAUACACAUCAGCAUAGUCCAGGGUCAGUUUACACACCUGCUUGUCGGUUUGCGGCCUAUUGAGCCUGAAGUUGCAGAACUUUAAUUUCACUUUGUCGGUGUGUUCUGAGUUUAACGUCUGUCUGGGCACUAGGGGGAGCUAAACACUCUUCACUAUUAGCUUGGCUCUUAGCCCUCUCUCUCCCACCCUCUCGCUCUCUCUGAUACCCGAAUCACCUUCCCUAGGCUUCAGCCAAAUGUGGCAUAUCAUUUUUUCUACACUAGCAUGUUGGAACUUAGUAGAAAUGGCCUGUACUGUUUUGCACAGAAGCCGGAGACGCUAUGCUGUUUCGUCCACACAGUGUGGACCUGUCUGCAACUUCGGGUUAUGGGAAAUCCUUCUCUGAUGGUCCAUUCCUCUAACAGACCCUGACACCAGCCCAUAGUUGUUGCACACUGCCACGGUAUUUCUGUGUUUGCGUGUGCGUGUGUGCGUGCGUGUACAUGUCUGCACACUUGCCUGUCUGGUGUCUGAAGUCUAAGUCCUGUUCGUGUUGUACUGUUGGACCUCUCGCUCCCUAUACUUUCUCCGGGGCUCACUGUGAGUAUUGCCUGAGGAUGUCUGACCGGAGGGAAGGAAGUGUGGGAUUGGCUAGCUGGGAAUCAUCUGACCGGGGCCUGGAUGAGAGAGAGAGAGAGAGAGACAGAGCUGGGAGUCUUAGUUGUGCUAAAAGGUAGUUGGUUUACUGGUUCCUUUUGUGGCAGUUUGUGUUGUAAUGUUCCGACGUUAGUGUUCUUAGUGUUGGUGUUUUUUUCUGGAUUAUAUAUAUAUAUAUUUUUUGAACUGUAAGUAUUUAUGCAGUGCAGUGCCCAUUUGUAGUUGAGGUGCAGAGCUUAGGCUGUGCCAGACAUGCACACCAUCCCUCCAUUUGAAUCGUUAAACACACACCCGCGUGCGCACAUGCACGUGACCUUCUACCACGCCGCAUCUUGAAAUCGCAAGUUCACGUUGCAGAUCAUAACGUGGAGGAUAUGUCGCCAUGUUGACGCUCUGACAUAAUGUGCUCCCUAUAAGGCAAAUCUUUGUGUGUGUCUGUGUGAGAUCAGAACACUGCUUGUCACCGUGGUAACGUAGUAGCGUGUGAUUGUCAGUGACUCCGGAGGGCCUAAGCCCCAUAUGUAGGCCCUUCACUUUGUCCUAGACCAUAGUUCUUGAUCCAUAGUACUUAGCAGAGUUAGACAGCCAAUAGACAAGAGGUGUUGACAAAUUAUUCAAAGACAGAAAGUAUAUAAUAUAUAUCCAGGGUUCACUGGUCUCAGUCAGGCCUGGCAAACGGCUCUCCAGCCAGUCACGGAGCUCCCAGCGAGGCAGUGGGACCACCAUCAUGCUUGGUUUCGUUGAUUUGCACUCCAGUGUAGUGUGUGUACAGUUCCAGUGUGACUUUUGUUUGUCUCUUGAGUUUUUUGUUGGGGGGGGCGGGGCGGUUGUCUUGAGUAGUGUCUGUUCUGUCUCAGUUGCCCUGUCCUGAGGUCUGGCAUCGUGGGUCCACACAGCCAUGGGAACUGGUCACGUGAAAGAGCACAGCAUGGUUUAACUUCAUAGUACUGACGAGAGGAAAGCACUUGUCACAAAGACGGUGGGCGUGGAGAGGAGCAUUCCAGACAGAGCUCUGAAAAACG